AUGGGCCUCCUCCAGCUCGGCACACCUCUUCCGUGGCCGGAUGCCAAAAAGGCAGCCGACCAAGUCAGAGAGUGGGGCAUAGAGCAACUGCUCAAUAUAUGGCGUCGAGCAAAGGGAAAGGAACGUGACGCGCUGCUUUGGGGUGAUGAGAUAGAGUAUCUUGUCGUAGCUAUUGACGAGCAGCAGAAGAAGGCUCGACUAUCCCUGUGCCAGGCUCAAGUCCUCGACGCCCUCGCCAAGAACGAAGCGUUGGCCAGAGAGAAGGCUGUGUCCUGUCAUCCAGCAGAUGAUCCUAUCGGUCAGGACGCGACUUUACCAACAUUCCAUCCCGAAUUUGGUCGCUUCAUGCUGGAGGCAACCCCGGGAAAGCCAUGGGGCAUAGGCUUCAACGAACUUCUGAAAGUAGAAGCUGACAUGAAACUGAGGCGCGUCAUUGCAAAGGCACAUAUGGACAAGAACCAGUUCCCGGUGACUUUGACCACCUUCCCCAGACUCGGUACCAAAGACGACUUCAUCGAACCUUACUAUCAGCCUUCUGGACCCGCCCUCCGGUCGCAGUUCGUACCAGACGAGAUCGCGAAUCCCCACAUCCGGUUCCCAACUCUUGCCGCUAACAUCCGAUCACGACGGGGAAGAAAGGUGGAGCUCAAUGUUCCUGUGUUCAAGGACAUCAAAACCCCGUCCCCUUUCAAGGAUCCUACCGUCGAUUACGACCUCCACAAGUGGCCAGAAGACGAUGAUGUUCGCAAUGGCGCAGCAAAAGACGACUGCGUGUACAUGGACGCCAUGGCUUUUGGCAUGGGCAGUUGCUGCCUUCAGAUUACAUUCCAGGCUAAGAACAUCCGUGAAGGACGAACCCUAUACGACCAGCUAUCUCCACUUGGGCCGAUACUGCUCGCGCUGACGGCUGCAACCCCAAUUUACAAAGGCUUCUUGGUUGAUACCGAUGUGAGAUGGAAUCAGAUUUCUAGAGCUGUCGAUGACCGAACUGCCGAAGAGUUGGGCGAAAAACCCUUGGAGCAUGACCGCUGGCGCAUACCAAAGUCUCGCUAUGCCUCGAACAGCACAUACAUUUCCGAAGAUCCAAGGCUACGGCCAGAGUACUUGGAUCCGAACUUGAUAGUCGAUGAGCGACUUAAGCAGAAGCUUGUGGACGGCGGUAUGGACGACCGACUCGCUACGCAUUUUGCACAUCUUUUCAUUCGAGACCCCCUAGUCAUCUUCUCUGAGGACCUGAAAGAACUGGAUCCCAAUGGCUCCAAUCAUUUUGAAAACUUACAAUCAACAAAUUGGCAGCACAUGCGCUUCAAGCCUCCACCACCAGACGCCGACAUUGGAUGGCGAGUCGAGUUUCGGUCAAUGGAAAUACAGAUGACUGACUUCGAAAAUGCUGCAUUCAGUAUCUUCAUCGUCCUCAUCAGUCGCGCCAUCCUCUCGUUUGGCCUCAAUUUCUAUAUCCCCAUACCACGGACCACGGAAAACAUGGAAACAGCACAUGCUCGUAAUGCAGUGCUAGACUCCAAAUUCUGGUUCCGCAAAGAUCCUUUCCCUCGAAAGAGAGAUCGCCACUCGCUACUGACGAACGGCGAGAGCAGCUCAAUACCGUCUGGAGUCAGUACGCCACAGCAGGCCAGCAGGCCCCCGUCUCCCUCCGAGUUACCCCCUGUGGAGGAUGAGUACACGCUCAUGACUGUGAACGAGAUCAUCAACGGAUCGACUGAUCCCGACUGCGGAUUUCCUGGCUUGAUCCCUAUCGUCGAAUCGUAUCUCAAUAGCAUGAACAUCCCCGUCGUCACGCGUUGCGAGUUGGCGCGCUAUCUAGACCUGAUACGCCAACGAGCGAACGGUACUCUGUGGACGGGCGCCAAAUGGAUUCGGGAUUUCGUCCGGUCUCACCCAGAAUACAAGCACGACUCGGUCGUCAGCGAAAGCAUCACGUAUGAUUUGAUCAAAGCCGCAGACAAGAUUACGGAAUUCGAGGGGAAAGCAGGUACACUUGGUUGGGAGAUGCUAAGUGCGAAGCAAAGAGCCAAAAGCUUGGAUGAGCGGUAG